AUUUUGCCCAUCCUUUCGCUACAGUAAUUUGUUUUUGCGUCCCCCCUCCCUCAUUCUAUCGAACUCUGUAUCUCAAAGAUCCCAUCAUACUUGUUGAACAUAGGGCAACCGAAAUGGAAAGCCUUCGACACCAGGCGCGUGAUUUAUUUCUCCGCAGAGUAUCUACCGUUUCAACACCAGAUUGGAAUGUAAUCGAGAUAUCGGGUUCGGGGAAUGAUAUUGUUUAUUCGAAAAAAUCCAUGGCUACGAGUGAAGUACGGAAUUAUCUCCGAGCCGAUUCCACUCAACCAACUUUCAGGUUGAUCCGGUUUAAAACUCAGGUAUGGUCUAAGUUUAGAAAAGAAUGCGUGGAUCUCGCUUGGGUCCUAGAUAUGCUUACAGAGCUGGAUAUUGAGAUAUACGGGCUUUUAUCAUUCCUUCGUAUGAUACCUGAAUUUCAUACGACGGAGCGGAAUUUAGCAAAAGGGGAAGAGGUGCUUAAUAUAGUGAGCUACCUCUGUGAGAAUGGCAUUGCGGCGUCAUACAACAAAUCAACUAGAUCUACAACAUGCUUCUUUUUUGAACGCAACACACCAGCCGGGGGAACCAGAUCACGGGAAAUCUCGAAAUGUCUGGAGCAGAACGCAAGGCUGUAUAGGAACAUUCAUUUUUUGCCGUUCAUCUUCAUGAGCGUGUCAAUGAAGUCCAUUAUCAUCCACUUACCUGGAUACACAAAUGUGAAUUAUGAGGCUAUCAACGUGGACAAUCUUCUCGAUUGGGGAAGUGCCCGUUUCAGGCUACGAAGGGCUCACGGAGAACUACAUCUUGUUCUGGAUAUUGUCAAAUAUGUUCUAGAUAUGAGUGCUAGGCAGGAGAGUUCGGAUACGCUACCCCAAGACAUCGCCGAUGAUUAUCAAGAUAUCAAAAACGCGGCAGAAAUGAUCGGAUCACGCAUUCCUCGGACUCAGUAUCACAUAGAAUGGCAACUGCAGAAGAAUCAAGAUCACUUGGAUCGAAUCUCGCGAGGGUUAAUGCGAGAAGAUACUAUAGCUAGCAUCGAACUAGCUAAGUCGAGUGUUGAGCUCACCAAGGCAGCAAAGAUAGACAGUUCGUCGAUGAAGGUGAUCGCGGUAAUGACGAUGGUAUUUUUACCCGGAACUUUCUUUGCUACGUUAUUUGCAGUGCCGUCUCUGAAAUGGGACCAAGACGACGUCGUUGGAAAGGACUUCUGGAUGUAUUGGGCCUUCACAAUUCCUUUUACCGUUUUAGUGAUCAUCUUGUGGCUUGUCAUCACCCAGCGCAGGCAGAUGCGGAGUGUGUUUGAUAAGUCCAGGGAACAGUGGCUGGCCAGGGCGGACGCGCUUAGAAACCGAGUGCGUAAGAGGAAUGCUGUGGAUGAAGAAGAAGAAGUAGAACUGGAAGAUGUCUAAAUGCGCCCUUGAGGUUAUGGACGAUGGCGUUGCGGAAUAUGGCGAACAUGGAAAUACGAGGGGCAGGAGGGGUCACUUCUUGAGACUUGGGUACAAGACCUACCUAGUAUGUACCAUGUACCAUGUACCAAGGGUAUAUGGAUGUCACGUGAUUCCGGGUUUCUGCUUCAAUUGUGAGACUUACCUUCGGGAUUUUCAUCGAAACCAACCUUCCCUUUUUUAAACCUUUCAUAACGUUGUAUAACUAACAUCUUUUAAAACAUGAGUUCCGAAUCCCACAGAAAGACAAUGAUGCAUUGUCUUUGUUUAUUUGCAGUUUAUUCUCAUCCAAUGUCUUAGUUCUCAUUGAUUAGUUUUCAUUAAUACCUUCAAUAUUUUAAUAGGGGAUCCGUCCCGAAUUACCCCAGUUUGUUUGGUCAUCUGUCAUCCUUCAUUCGUUCGACAGGGUACGACCCUCAAUGUGACCUUCGAUGAGAGACGAGUCAGCGUGUGUCCUAUCAGCAAAGCCAAG